CGACCUACUCAUGAAGCAGUUCUACGGCGUGUGCGUCUUCCAGAGCAACGAGCGCGCCCAGUCCUGGAUGGCUGUGUGCCAGGACGCAUACUACGCUCUCCAACUUCCUAACGAGGAUGCAGUGUUUCACUUGCGCGAGUCUCGCAAGUUCCACGGAGAUGCUGCCGCGCUGCUCACCCGCAACAAGCGUCUUGCCGUGCUUGCCGAGGAACCGGCCCAGUACGCUGCAGACUGGCCUCGCGAGCAGGCAAGCAAGGAGAUGCUGCUUCAGCUGGGUCUGGCCGAGAUCCGCUUCAAGAGGCAGGCAGAGCUGCUUGGUGAGCCGCUGCGCAACUUCGAGGCGAUCGCCAACAUGAACAAGCGCCGUGAGGCUCUUGAGAAGAGCCUCGAGGAUCUCGAGCCUCAGCCGCCGCUCGCUCAGCCAAACAUGGGCAAGGGAGCUGCCAAGGAGGCUGCGGGCCCGAACCCUUUUAUCAAGCCUGAAGACGCCGGAGCAGGCCCUAGCAGCGAGAAGCGCAAGCGCCUCAGCUGAACCAGCGCAGGGCUCGCACAGGCCAAGCGCUCGUGAUGCACGCCGCGGUGUCAAGUCCGGCCAUUCAGCAAUCCACUCCAGCCCUAGCCCAUCUUGCCGUCUCCGUUUCUCGUCCGAC